UUGAACAAGGUAGAUAAACGGGGACAGGCCAAACUGGAAGUCGCCUUCUUUGCUUACCUUCGCUCCGCCGGAACAGAUUCGCCGCUUCGCCAUCCAUGGGCGUCACCAAGGAGGACGUGGAGGCCGCCGUCGCCGCCGCGCUCAGCCCGACCCAUCUCGUGGUCACCGAUACAUCCGGCGGGUGCGGCGCGAGCUACGAGAUCGAGGUGGUGUCGGACAAGUUCGAGGGGAAGCGGCUGCUGGAGCGGCACCGGAUGGUCAACACCGCGCUGGCGCCGCACAUGGCCGAGAUCCACGCCGUCUCCAUCAAGAAGGCGCUCACCCCGGCGCAGGCCCAGCCGGAGCCCGCCGCCGCCGACAAGGCGCAGGCUUGAUUUCGCUCGCUACAAGCACAAUCGUCGUCUCUGUCUGAAUAAUGUAGUAGCGGAUGCAUUUGCAGAACUGGAACUUUCGUAGUACCGAUGCUCUAUGCUGCUUAACUGAUUAGAUUUCACUGCGCCGUGCCUAUGUGAAUGUGAUUACUCAAUCUGCUUGCUGUAAUCUGUUCCGCUGAAUCAUGUCCCUGAAUCAUAGUAUGUCAUAUAUGGUACGCGGUGAUGAAUCUGAUGACGUUUUAUCGCUGCAA